AUGACAGGAGCUAUAGACGACAAACUCCUGGCCUUCCUCAAAGGUUUCCAUGAACUUAUCCCACAGAAGAAUGCCGCAAUCUUCAACGCCGAAGAGCUUAGGGAUGCUAUGAGUGGCAUGCCUACUAUUCACGUUGAGGCUUUGAAACAAACAGCAAUCUAUGUGAACUACGUAGGAGAUGAUGUUGUAAUUCAAUGGUUCUGGGAGGUGUUAGAGUCUUUCGAGCACAGUGACAAGGCUAAAUUUCUUGGCUUCGUCACUGGAACACAACGGGUCCCGUCAGACGGCUUGGAACUGACUAUCGUGAGAAGUGGGGCUACUAACCGUCUACCUGCUGGACAUACAUGUGCUAAACAACUAGACCUUCCAAGAUACUCUACAAAGGAGCAACUUAGGGAUAAGUUACUAAAAGCCAUUCAAGGGUGUGAUCGUUUUUGUUUUGGGUAG